CACAGUCCAGUCCCAAACUGGUCGAUGAAGCUCCGUUCAACCAGCCAAUAACGUGGUAAACAAUGCGCGUGCAGUUGUCAUUAUCCCUGCUGUUCUCGCUACUGUCGUCAAACCUGGUAGGCUGAAUCAAAAUUUAUUUCAAAACAUUAACAUAACUCUCGUCCUUUUUUUGGGGUCACAUGAAGGUCCAGCUGAAAAGGUGACAUAGUCCAAAACUCUCCAGUCUCCACCAAAAACUGCGAACAAUCUUCUUCUGCAAUGGCAGGCAAAUAAAGUUAAAGAGCUCGUUUCAAAGUGCCUGCAGGCCCGGGACAUGGCAUACUGUCGAUACAGCCGGUUCCCUGUCGGUGCUGCCAUAUUAACAGCAGAUGGCGCUAUAAUUACAGGCUGUAAUGUGGAGAAUGCCUCCUACGGUCUGACAGUGUGUGCUGAGCGGACGGCCAUCCAGAGGGCCGUUGUGGAAGGACACAGACAGUUCACUGCUAUUGCUGUGACAUGUGAUAUCAAAGACCGUUUUGUUGGGCCAUGUGGAGCAUGUCGACAGGUUCUUAUGGAGUUUGGGUCAGACUGGACCAUAUACUUGACCAAGCCGGAUGGAUCUUACAAAGAAACCAGCCUCAGUGAACUGUUGCCUUUAGCCUUUUCCCCAGCCCACCUGACAAAGAACUGACGAAGCCUCAACAGCAUCCUUAGACAUCACUUUUUAGUACUUUAGUACUUUUUGAGCUGCAAUGUCUCUUGGAUUGUGUUCUGGCAACACUGCAAAUUAGGUAAACAAUAAAACACAUUUUUCCCGUAAA